AAGAGACGGACAUCUGUAAGCCAAGACCAGUAGUUUGAAUUUUAGCGUACAUACCACGUGCAGUACAGCCGCUAUGACCGACUCCACGCUUCCGCUUCUCUGCGUCCUCGGGCUCAUCGCGCUGUCUUCUGCCUGCUACAUCCAGAAUUGCCCCCGAGGAGGGAAGCGCUCCUUCCCGGACCCCAUCACCAGACAGUGCAUGUCCUGCGGCCCCGGGGACAAAGGCCGCUGCUUCGGCCCCAGUAUCUGCUGCGGUGAGCGGCUGGGCUGCUUCGUGGGCUCCCCGGAGACGGCGCGCUGCCUGGAGGAGAACUACCUGCCGUCCCCCUGCGAGGCUGGAGGGAAAGCCUGCGGCUCUGAGGAGGGGCGCUGCGCCGCACCGGGGGUGUGCUGCGACUCAGAGAGCUGUGCGCUGGACCCAGAGUGCUUGGAAGACAGCAAGCGUCGGCCCCCAGCAGAACAGAACACCAGUUUGAUGGGCGGCUCACCUGGAGAACUGCUGUUGCGAAUGCUUCACAUGACCAAUAGGGGGCGCAGUCAAUACUAACCACACCCCCUACCAAUGGCGCAGGCAAUCAACGGCAUAGGCAAUGCUAGCCUACUCAGAAACGCUCUGUUGCACAGGCUUGAAUUCACACACAACUAGCCAAUCCUGGAUAUAUUAUAUAUAUAUUUUUUGGAAUCUGAUAUUGUAGUAAUUGAUUUAAUGACCAAUAAGGGGCCCUCUGCCAGUGCUUUUUUUCCAUAGCCACAAACCCAGACAUGGCUUUUCCCCACUGUAAACUCAGUCCUGCUUGAUAAUGAUUAAUUAGUCACACUUCACUCUGUCUCUGUCUCUCUCUCUGUCACACAUAUACACACACACACACACACACACACACACACACACGCACACAAUAUACUUCUGUCUAUACCCAAUACACUCAAACACAGCGAUCAGACUACCUGUCAGCAAGGAGCUCUCAAUAAAAAAUAAAAACGAGCUCCAAUCAUUAUGUUUACUGUAUGCUGAACCUCCCCAGCAGGAUAUUGUACAUUUUAUUGCUGAAUUACUAAUAUGCACUGCAUCACAAUGGUGUGGAACCAGUGUAAAUAUGUAGCAAAUAAAUCCCUUUCUUGCACUGUUA